AGGCGGCCGCAGGGAAAAGCUACCGUCUUCUUCCCCCUUUUAAACCCCCUCCGGCCUCUGUACCAACGCCAGCACGAGCGGCAGCAGAGUCCCCAAAACACCGAUAAGAUCGUUAGCUCACGGCAGCAAACCUGCAAGAACAUCCGAGCUUUCGAGCGAUUGGUUAACCGAGGCAAAAAUGGCGAGCCUGAGCGUGCCGCCGGUGCUCACGUCCCCGCGCCAGGACGCCGCCGCCCUCCACAAGGCCUUCAAAGGGUUUGGCUGCGACAGCACGACGGUGAUCAACAUCCUCGCCCACCGCAACGCCACGCAGCGGGCGCUCAUCAUGCAGGAGUACAGGGCCAUCUACCACCAGGACCUCUACCACCGCCUCUCCACCGAGCUCACCGGAAACCACAAGGCAAUGCUGCUGUGGAUCCUGGACCCGGCGGGCCGGGACGCGACGAUACUGAACCAGGCCCUGAACAGCGACAUCCCGGACCUGAGGGCGGCCACGGAGAUCGUCUGCUCCAGGACUCCCUCCCAGCUACAGAUCAUGAAGCAGACCUACCGCGUCAGGUUCGGCUGCUACCUGGAGCAUGACAUCACCGAGCGCGCCUACGGCGACCACCAGCGGCUCCUGCUCGCCUACCUGGGAGUCCCGCGCCACGAAGGGCCCGAGGUGGAUCCUUCCGCCGUCACGCACGACGCCAGGGAGCUCUACAAGGCCGGCGAGAAGAGGCUGGGCACCGACGAGCGGACCUUCAUCCGCAUCUUCAGCGAACGCAGCUGGGCGCACUUGGCCUCCGUCGCCUCCGCCUACCAGCACAUGUACGCCCGGUCCCUGGAGAAGGCUGUGAAGAGCGAGACGUCGGGGAACUUCGGGUUCGGGCUGCUGACGGUGCUGAGGUGCGCCGAGAGCCCGGCCAAGUACUUCGCCAAGGUGAUGCACAAGGCCAUGAAAGGGCUGGGAACCAGCGACACCACGCUCAUCCGGGUCGUGGUGACCAGGACGGAGAUCGAUAUGCAGUACAUCAAGGCGGAGUACCACAAGAAGUACAAGAGGUCGCUGGCCGACGCCAUCCAUUCCGAGACCUCCGGCAACUACCGGACCUUCCUCCUCUCCCUCGUCGGCCGCGAUCGCUAGGGCGUGCGCUCCCUCGAUCAAGCCUCCCAAGACAUUUGCCUGGCCUGGCCCUUUUGGUGUAUCCGUGUACAUACUUGUUUCUUUGGGGCUGUGGCACUAAAACUUGUUAGGGAAGAAGCAAAAGGAGCCAGGACCGACUGCUAUGAUCACUGAUCAGUGUAUUUCCAUUUGGACUGCUAUGUGUUAAUUAAUGUGUCCCAUGUGCAUGUAUUGCUACUCAUUAUUA